GCCCUAAAGUAACAAACUUGACGUCCUAGCCGCCACGUCCAAAAGUCAAACGCGCCGAUAAGAGUCCCCUCUGGCAGAUUAGAAAAUGUUUGUCUGCAUUAUGUGCUGCAUCGCACGCUUGCCUGCCACGCCUUGGGCGCUGACUUGAAAGCUCUGCUGGCCUUUCGCCCCCCGUUGCCGCGAGCAGCCGCUAGCUAACGUCAACGCUCAACUUCCUGCUAGUGUUUUCCUGUCUGUUGUGUUGCUGGGUCGUUGGGUGAACGCUGCCACGGAGCGGUUCGUCUUCGUGCGCUGCAGGCAUCAAUACUAGAAUGUCUUCAUGUCAAGAUCAAGCAAAGAACAUCACAUGACUGACCAGAAGAUGUCAUAAGUCAUACAGCCGCUCUUUCACCCUUCAACUCCCAUAGGGACCCGGGCAACAGGGGCGAUGCCGGGCAGUCGGCAGAAAAGCAGCAGGCAUUCGCUGUGGCGCUUUCUGCUCCCACUUCGCAUCGGUCAAGAGCGAGUGGUGUUGGCCCGGAGCGAGAGCCUACCCAGUGACCAGGUGCUGAAGAUCACCGUCACAGAGACCACCGUGAUCAAGGCCGGCUCGGGGGUCUUGAACCGCCGCUCCCUCACCUACCUGGCUCUCUGGUACUUCUUCAGCUUCUGCACCCUCUUUCUCAACAAAUACAUCCUGUCACUGCUGGAGGGGCAGCCAAGCAUGCUGGGUGCGAUUCAGAUGCUUUCCACCACCAUCAUUGGCUUCCUCAAAAUGUUUGUGCCCUGCUGCCUUUACCAGCACAAGUCCAGGAACGAUUACCCCCCCAACUUCAUCAUGAUCAUGCUCUUUGUUGGACUGAUGAGGUUCACCACGGUAGUCUUGGGCUUGGUGAGCCUGAAGAACGUGGCGGUGUCUUUUGCAGAGACUGUGAAGAGCUCUGCACCCAUUUUUACUGUCAUCAUGUCCCGGCUGAUUCUUGGAGAGUACACAGGCUUGUGGGUGAACCUCUCCCUCUUCCCCGUCAUGGCGGGCCUGGCGCUCUGCACGGCCACAGAGCUCAGCUUCAACUUGCUGGGCUUCUCCGCCGCGCUCUCCACCAACAUCAUGGACUGUUUACAGAAUGUCUUCUCCAAGAAACUAUUGAGUGGUGACACUUACAAAUUCAGCCCUCCAGAAUUGCAGUUUUAUACCAGUGCAGCAGCAAUCAUUAUGCUCAUCCCAACCUGGAUUUUCCUCUUGGAAACUCCAGCAACUGAGAAGAGUGGACAGACCUUCACCUUCAACCGGGACAUCGUCUUGUUGCUGCUUUUCAAUGGCGGCCUGUUUCACCUGCAGAGUGUCACUGCCUACGCUCUUAUGGGACGCAUUUCUCCAGUUACUUUCAGCGUCGCAAGCACCGUCAAGCACGCCCUAUCCGUGUGGCUGAGCGUCAUCGUGUUCAGCAAUCAGCUCACCGUGCUCAGCGCCACCGGCACCUUCCUCGUGUUCGUGGGGGUUUUCUUGUACAACAAGGCCAGGCAGGCCCAGCGGCAGCGCUUGCAGGCCAUGGCCGCACAGCAAAACUACAAACUACUCCCACAGGACCAGGACGCCCAACAAGGCCCAACGUCUCACUAAAGACUCCACAUUUCAAAACUCUCGGAAUCAUGGCUUCAAACCAAUGGCCGGAUGUUUUUGUCGCUGUGCGCACAUUCCAGGAAUGGAGGACCAGCGUAAUAAUUUUCAGGUAUGAUCCAAUUUGGAAAGUGACUCUUGUUGAAAGACUCCUGCGGAAUGUUUAUUGGCAGUUAGCAACAGUCAAGCCUCAUUGUUUUGAUUUGACAAAAUGAGAAGCUCAGGGUGUCCUUCAGCUUUUUUGGAGGCAGUGACCUUCUGUAAGCAUUUAGCUUUACAUCUCGAUUCCAGGCUGGGCCAGUGAAUCUCGUCUGUGGCACAGCGGCUGCUGAAUGUACGCACGCCAUGGCUUUGACUUGGGGCACGUAGACUUGGCUACACUGUGGAAAUACCUGCCAAAGUGUCAAUUUAGACCACUUGACACAUUUUAAGAUGAGUCUUAAAAAUAAUAUAAAAUAAUGAAAUGACUGCAUUCCAGGAAUGCUCAUCAUGCUCAGUUGUGAUUAGACUCAUUCCCAGCGCAUGCUGGAAUUGAAGCUUCAGCUUCUUGUGCAGGUUGAAUGGAUCAAUGAGUUUGCUUAACCUCCCAAGUUAGUCAAACUUUGGUCAAAGGCUUUGUGUGUGUGUGUGACGAGUGUGUGCAUGUGGAGAGUGUGUUUCUGCACCACAUUUUGAAAGUAAAAUAACAUUUUGGCUAAAGUAGCGGCACACCUGGCCAUUCAGCUCGCUGGGAUUUACUUUUUAACAGUCGUGUAGUUUUUUAAAAUUGUUGUCCUGAAUGGAAGAACAUAUACAAUUGUUCUUCAUUAGCAGCGAUAACAGCCUCCACACUUCUGGGAAAACGUUGUAAAAGAUCUUGGACUGUCUGUUAGGAUUUUUUGGUCCUUUCAUCUGUGAGAUUAGGUUUCACUGAUGUCAUCCCAAAGUUGUUCGGUGGGCAAGUACCUACCCUGCGUCUCUCCCAACCCCCCGACCCCAGUGAGGAUAAACAUUAUAGAAAAUGGCUGCCUUUAAGAUAUCAUAGACAUUAUGUACAGUGGACCCCCACAUACUCACAGUUUGGCUCCUGUGGAUUCACCUAUUCACAGAUUUUUUUUCCUUUUAAUUUGUAUUAAAAAAAACAAAAAACAAUUAUUUCAAUUUUUCUUUUUGGGUGCUGGGAAACCAACCCUUAAAAUCCUUUUUGACAGAUUAUCCCCGCUUAUUAAAGAGUCUUUGGGGUUUAGAAUUGUUUUUUUUUUUUAAAUUCUCUAUGCAAUUAUAAUGACUGUCAAUUAUCCGCAGAUUUUCGCUAUUUGCGGUCCGGCCCGGUUGACCACUCGCUAUUCGCAGGGGUCAACUGUAUCCAGAGACAACAGUUACUACCUGUACUUCCACACCAAAUUUACCCCACCAUGCCUUUAUGGACGUUACUUGAGAAAAUGGCCUUCCUCAAACUGUUCCCACUAAGUUGAAAGCACACAAGACGGAAAAAGUUUAACUUGCCAAUACUUUGGUCUGUAGAGAGUAAAUGUAAAAUGAGUUUAGUGAUUCAAUGCAGCACAAGUCGAGAGCCAUCAUGUAGGAAAGAACAUGCAUGUACAUUUUCUGUCUUUUUAAAAUUAUUAUUAUUUCAGAAACACAUCAGUGACAUGUGUUGCAGCAAAAGGCACCUUGGCCUCUGUCUAAAACAUUUCAAUAAUACCCAGCUCGACUCUCGAAACUGGCUUUUCUUAUUCUUUAGAAUGGUGCUGCCAACAAAGUUAAUUUGCAUCUCUGAAAGGGAAGUUUUUAUUUUUAAUGCUUUCGCAGCUGCAUUUUUUUAGUUUAUUUGUUGUAAGAAAACAUUCAAUGUUUGUGGUUUCUUUUGUUUGAAUCCUGAUAUCGUUCAAACCUGCCACCCAAUAUUCCUGUAAUAAUUUUCAUCUUUGGUGCUUGGAGGUGAAGGUUCCAAAUGUGGUGUUUUCCUGUCAAUUGUUAUAAAGGUUCCAAAUUGGCAAA